AUGGGAAAAUCCAGAGCGACAAUGGCAAUACCUGUUCCAAAACCUGGAAAAGAUCAAAGCGACGUAGAUAAUGCAGCAUCAACAGUUCAAUACUACAUCGAUAAUAAAAUGGCAGUAGAUCUUUCCAUAGUGAUUGUGAACUACGGUAAUUGCUCGUUUUCCUCCUGGCCGCACACUGUUGUGUAUGAUGCGCUUACAACAGAACCAGAUCAACUGUCACGAUAUGUGGACGAAUCUAUUUGUGAUCCUACUUACGCGACACAGCCACCGGUAUAUCCUACCCUGCCACCAGCUAGUAGCGCCAACGCUGGAUGUGAAUGUAACCAUGGAACUAUAUGGCUUGAUGUGUUCUUACUGAUGGAAGCCACAACUUCUAUGCAAUCUGGAAUUGAUGGGGCAAUUAACUACAUAGAGACUGCAUUUAUGAAACUGACAAUUGGGCAAGCCGAGCAGUACCAAACUCGCUUUGGAGUGAUUCGCUAUGCUUCGGAUGUGGAGCUUAUCGCCGAUUUGGACACCUACAAGUCCACAACAGAUCUACUUGAUCUUGAAAUAAAAAUUUACGACGAUCUGGGCACAAAUAUCGAGGGAGCUCUCAAAAUGGCUACAGACCGCUUUAACAGCAGUGUUCAUCGUAUCGCCGCACGACCUGUAGUUAUAAUUGUUGGAAAUUCCUACAGAUCUGGAGCUUAUAACGAUCCAUCACAAGCUGCCGCAGGCUUCCGUGAAAACGGUGGUGCAAUUAUAACGCUCGAAUAUGUCCAAGAACAUGGCUUAGAAGUGCCAGAGUUACGGUCCCUUGCUUCUCCCAACUACAACCUUACGAAUGAGAAGAAUGACGGAACAUAUUUACUUGUAAACGAUUUGAGAGAUCUUCUUUGCAAGGCAAAUUGCUUCUGCAGAAAGAACUGGCAAGAAUACAAUUUGGACAAGUGGAAUGCACCGCAAGGCGGUUGCUACUAUCCUGUUUCAAUCCCAGAUAUACAGCCAUCGGCACAGCAAGCAUGUACGCACAAUCACAAUUCUACACUAACACUCGUCGAAGAUUCCGCAAAAAACUCUUUUUUGACGUCAAUAUUCCCUUCAAAAACGGAAUUCUGGUUGGGCUUAACAAAUGAUGGUGAUGGCUGGAAAUGGCAAGGCGGAUACUCUACUGGAUAUACUAAUUGGGGUCCAGAUCAACCAGGCAGUGGACGCUGUGCCUAUAUGCAGCAGUAUUCAGGAUUUAGGUAUGUUAGAACAAAGAAGAAGAAGAAACUGAAAAAGUAUGAUAUCAAGUAUUACAUAUCAUGA